AUGCAGCUUCCUCUCUUCAUCAAGGUGCUUCCUCUCUUGAUCAAGAUGCUUCCUCUCUUCAUCAAGAUGCUUCCUCUCUUCAUCAAGAUGCUUUCUCUCUUCAACAAAGUGAUUCCUCUCUUCUUCAAAGUACUUCCUCUCUUCAUCAAGAUGCUUCCUCACUCCAUCAUGCAGCUUCCUCUCUUGAUCAAGAUGCUUCCUCUCUUCAACAAAGUGAUUCCUCUCUUCUUCAAAGUACUUCCUCUCUUGAUCAAGAUGCUUCCUCACUCCAUCAUGCAGCUUCCUCUCUUCUUCAAAGUGCUUCCUCUCUUCAUCAAGAUGCUUCCUCUCUUGAUCAAGGUGCUUCCUCUCUUGAUCAAGGUGCUUCCUCUCUUGAUCAAGAUGCUUCCUCUCUUCAACAAAGUGAUUCCUCUCUUCUUCAAAGUACUUCCUCUCUUGAUCAAGAUGCUUCCUCACUCCAUCAUGCAGCUUCCUCUCUUCUUCAAAGUGCUUCCUCUCUUGAUCAAGGUGCUUCCUCUCUUCAUCAAGAUGCUUCCUCUCUUCAACAAAGUACUUCCUCUCUUCAUCAAGAUGCUUCCUCUCUUGAUCAAGGUGCUUCCUCUCUUGAUCAAGAUGCUUCCUCUCUUCAACAAAGUGCUUCCUCUCUUCUUCAAAGUACUUCCUCUCUUGAUCAAGAUGCUUCCUCACUCCAUCAUGCAGCUUCCUCUCUUCUUCAAAGUGCUUCCUCUCUUGAUCAAGGUGCUUCCUCUCUUCAUCAAGAUGCUUCCUCUCUUCAACAAAGUACUUCCUCUCUUGAUCAAGGUGCUUCCUCUCUUCAUCAAGAUGCUUCCUCACUCCAUCAAGAUGCUUCCUCUCUUCAACAAAGUGAUUCCUCUCUUCUUCAAAGUACUUCCUCUCUUGAUCAAGAUGCUUCCUCUCUUCUUCAAAGUACUUCCUCUCUUGAUCAAGAUGCUUCCUCUCUUCAACAAAGUGCUUCCUCUCUUCAUCAUGCAGCUUCCUCUCUUCAACAAAGUGCUUCCUCUCUUCUUCAAAGUACUUCCUCUCUUGAUCAAGAUGCUUCCUCUCUUGAUCAAGGUGCUUCCUCUCUUCAUCAAGAUGCUUCCUCUCUUCAACAAAGUGCUUCCUAUCUUCAUCAUGCAGCUUCCUCACUACAUCAUGCAGCUUCCUCUCUAA